ACACUAGCAUAUUGAUACGUGUCGGCGGGGUGAGCCACGACUCCGCUACGCUUUGCCAGUCGAGCGUAUACGCGGCCGCUUUUUCGUUCAUUUUAUGAGAGAGAAGGAAAGAGAGAGUGUGUGCGUGUAUUCUCGUGGCGGUGUGAUUCUCGUGAUCCUCGUAAGGGACAUUCAUUUGACUCUUAGUGCUUAAGACAGUCGCGUCGACGUCGAGGCAAGAUGGGAUUCAAGUUUCUCGAAGUGAUAAAACCGUUCUGCAGUAUACUGCCGGAAAUAGCGAAGCCGCAGCGAAAGAUCCAAUUCAGGGAAAAGGUAUUGUGGACGGCGAUCACAUUGUUUAUCUUUCUAGUAUGUUGCCAGAUUCCAUUAUUCGGUAUCAUGUCUUCGGACAGUGCGGAUCCAUUUUAUUGGAUUCGUGUGAUACUCGCAUCAAACAGAGGAACGUUGAUGGAAUUGGGUAUCUCACCAAUCGUUACUUCUGGUCUUAUUAUGCAACUACUGCAUGGUGCAAAGAUUAUCGAAGUUGGAGAUACACCAAAAGAUAGAGCUUUAUUCAACGGUGCACAGAAAUUGUUUGGCAUGGUUAUUACUGUUGGACAAGCCAUUGUUUAUGUAAUGACUGGAAUGUACGGAGAUCCAACUGAGAUUGGAGCUGGAGUUUGUCUUUUGAUUAUUAUCCAGUUGUUUGUUGCUGGACUUAUUGUAUUGUUAUUGGAUGAGCUUCUCCAGAAAGGAUAUGGAUUGGGCAGCGGAAUAUCUCUCUUUAUUGCUACUAACAUUUGCGAGACUAUUGUUUGGAAAGCAUUCUCACCAGCCACAGUUAACACUGGUCGUGGUACGGAAUUCGAAGGAGCUGUAAUUGCUUUGUUCCACUUGCUGGCCACCAGACAAGACAAAGUUCGCGCUCUUCGAGAAGCAUUCUACAGACAGAAUCUUCCAAAUCUGAUGAACCUUCUUGCCACCAUUCUAGUAUUUGCUAUCGUCAUCUACUUCCAGGGCUUCCGUGUAGAUCUUCCGAUCAAAUCUGCCAGAUAUCGCGGUCAAUACAGCAGCUAUCCGAUCAAACUAUUUUACACUAGUAAUAUCCCGAUCAUUCUGCAAUCAGCAUUGGUAUCCAACUUGUACGUCAUCUCUCAAAUGUUAGCCGUCAAAUUCCAAGGAAAUCUCAUAGUGAAUCUGUUGGGUGUUUGGUCGGAUGUCGGUGGCGGGGGUCCCGCAAGAUCAUAUCCAGUCGGCGGACUAUGUUAUUACUUAUCACCACCGGAAUCAGUUGGCCAUAUAGUUCAGGAUCCCGUGCACGCUGUACUCUACAUUCUCUUUAUGCUUGGCUCGUGCGCCUUCUUCUCCAAGACGUGGAUCGAAGUCUCUGGAAGCUCAGCGAAGGAUGUUGCUAAACAACUGAGGGAACAGCAAAUGGUAAUGCGAGGUCACAGAGACAAUUCCAUGAUUCGCGAGCUGAACCGAUAUAUCCCGACCGCCGCGGCGUUCGGCGGAUUGUGCAUCGGAGCUCUCUCUGUGCUGGCGGAUUUUCUGGGCGCGAUCGGUUCCGGUACUGGUAUCUUGCUCGCUGUUACAAUCAUAUAUCAAUACUUUGAGAUCUUCGUGAAAGAGCAAAGUGAAAUGGGUGGCAUGAGCACGUUACUUUUCUAAACUUAAUUCAUCUAUAGACUUGAAAAGUGAACUUUUUAAUUCUGAAGAACUGAAUAAAAUAAUUUAUUGUAAGGUAAGAGAGUUUUGGUCGAGUUCGCAGAAUUGUAUGUAUGUGUGUGUGUGUCAAGCUCACGGGAUGUAGACAUACAUUAGCGCCACUCGAAAGUUUCCCUCCCCUAUUUUCCCGCGUUAUACAUAAAGUCGCACAUAUUUACUAUUGAUAUAUUGUUGAUUCUAUGCUCAAAUGAUUAUACUAUUAGUAACACUUUUCCAAAAAAAAAAAAGAAAAGAAAAGUUUAUAUGUGCUUCUUUUAGGAUAUAUUGGGA